AUGAAGUGGCUAUUAUCGUUUCUUCUGCUUGCACUGCUAGGUGCGGUGCAGGCUGCUAGUUCGAGCGGGAACAGAUUAUUGGUGUUGGUGGAAGAACUGGCUGAUAGAGACAAAUAUUCACAGUUCCUAUCAGACCUGCAAGCGCGAGGCUUCUCGAUAGACUAUUCGACGCCCAAAUCAUCAGGUAUAUCGCUGUUCCGGCAUGGCGAACGAGCAUACGACCAUGUCCUGCUCUUCCCCGGCAAGGCCAAAGGUCUCGGACCUGAACUCACGCCACACAAGAUUCUUGAGUUUGCCAGCAAAGAAGGCAACAUCCUCCUUGCUCUCUCGGGCGAAUCUACCACGCCGACGUCAAUCGUCUCGCUACUCCUUGAACUGGACAUCCAUCUUCCCUCCGACCGUAACUCGAUAGUGGUCGACCAUUUCAACUAUGACUCUGCCUCGGCAGCCGAUAAGCACGAUGUACUUCUUUUACCGCCCCCUACUCCUCUGCGACCAGGUGUAAAGACUUACUUCUCUGGAGAUGGCCUCAUUGCGGUCCCGAGAGCUGUUGGCCAAACCUUAGGAAACACCAGCCCUCUCCUCUCGCCAGUCCUUCGUGCCCCGAGCACUGCCUACAGCUACAAUCCGAAAGAAGAGGCGGACGUACUCGAAGAUCCAUUCGCCGUUGGAGAGCAAUUAUCUCUGAUCACUACUAUGCAGGCGCGCAAUAAUGCGCGCUUCACCGUGCUCGGAUCGUCGGAGAUGCUACAAAACAAAUGGUUCGAUGCUAAAGUUAAGCACAAUGACAAAGAGGUCAAGACUGUCAACCGUGAUUUCUCGAAGAAAGUAGCCGGCUGGACUUUCAAAGAGACGGGCGUGCUCAAAGUUGGCCGCUUGCAGCAUUAUGCAGAUGAUUUCGACUCCAGCAAGGGCAAGCCGAGCUACAACGUCACUUCUGUGAAUGUACCGGAGGACAAUCCUACAAUAUAUCGCAUCAAGAGCGACGUCACAUAUAUGAUCGAGCUCUCGGAAUGGGUCGAGGAUCGCUGGACACCUUUCACCCCAGCAGUAGGCGACAAAGUCCAGCUCGAGUUUUCAAUGCUGUCACCAUUCCACCGUCUCAACCUCUCUCCUGUCUCCCAAACACCGGAGAGCACUAUCUACGGAGUACACUUCAAGACUCCCGAUCAGCACGGCAUAUUUAACUUCCGUGUCAACUACAAGCGCCCGUUCCUGACGAAUGUAGACGAGAAGAGACAAGUGACGGUGCGGCAUUUUGCACACGACGAAUGGCCGAGGAGCUAUGCCAUCAGCGGAGCGUGGGUAUGGAUUUCGGGUAUCUGGAUCACAAUUGCUGGUUGGUUAGCGUUCGUUGCACUCUGGCUAUACUCGGCGCCAACGGAGAAGAGUGUGAAGAAGAACCAGUAGAUCAGUUCGUACUUUGCAGGGAAUUUGUAUGAUUGAGCUGACUGAAAAAAGGUCAUGAGAUGGGCAUAUAUGUAACAUAUUGCAUGUUAGACAAAAAGCAUUUUGAGCAUUGUAAACAUGUUGACAGUAAUACUUUGUCUGGAGAAACAUUGUUGGCAAUAAAGCUUAGAUAGAAUGUCUCAGGAGCGUGCCUGGAGUGAAUGCAGUUGGCCGCCGAGGCAAGCGUGUGGAGCUCUAGGUACCGUCUAUCCACGAGUACCUUGGUAAGCUAAUACCACCACGAUCCUGUACUUCCAAACGAAUCUCACAAU